AUGGUGGUCUUAAUUACUACAGAUUGUAUCGAAGAAAUUUUAAAAUUUCUGGCCAAUGAUGUAAAGACAUUACAUUCUUGCUUGUUAGUGAAUAGAUCAUGGUGUCGUCUUACAGUUCCAAUAUUAUGGAGUAAUCCGUGGAAAUAUAAAUUCGAAAUUGGAGAAGAGAAAUUUAAUCAAACGAUGACAAUGAUACUUUUAUCAUUUAUACCUGUGGAUACACGAGAGAUGUUAAGACAGCAAUAUAAGAAUGUGGUAAUUGAUUUUCCUCCAGCUCGAACUCCAUUAUUUGAAUAUACAUCAUAUUGUCAAUAUCUUCCACGAUAUGAGGUACGACAACUUUGGAAUGAAAUAGAAAAUAGAAAUGGAUUAGCUUAUAGAAUUCCAGAUUAUAUUCGAUAUUUUUAUUUAAAACAUAUUUACAAAAUGUUUAUUAAUUCAAGUUCAAAUCUUAAACAUUUGGAACUUCCUCAACAUAUGAGACUUAUAGAUUUUAAGGGAUGUAAAGAUGGUUUAAGUCAACUUCAUGUAUUAGAAUGUAAUGCUAAUCAUGAUAGUUCAUCAUUUUAUGAAAUUGCCGAAAUUAGUAGAAAUUUACAAAAAUUAAUUGUGGAUUGUGAUCAAGAUAAUGAAGGAUUAGCGAAAUUAAUUAAGAAACAACAUGGAUUAGAAUAUCUUGAAAUAGCAUCAUUGGAAGGAAAAAUAUGUUCAAUAAUUGGGGAAGCAUUAAAGAGUCAAGAUUCUACAUUAUCACAUAUACGACUUGGAUUUUUAGGAUGUAUAUCACCAACAUUAUUAUGUUCAUUUGUUAAUUUAAAAACUUUACAAUUUGAUUUAAUUGAUCUUGGAGCUUCGUAUGUUAAAAAUAUAUUAGAAAAUGCCAAUUUUCCAUAUCUUGAAAUACUUGAUGUAUUUGGUAUUAAUUGUGAAGUUCAUAUUAAUUUAUUUACGAGAUUAAUUGAACAAACUCAAAACACACUUCAAAGAUUAUAUUGGAAUGAAGUGACAAAACCAAAUGAUGAUGAUUUAAAACUUUAUCUUGAAGUGAUUUCACAUAAUUGUCCAAAUCUUAAAUUUAUUACAAUUCCAUAUAUGAAUCAAGUUAUUGAUCUUUUUGGUGAAAUGUUAACGUCAUGUAAAAAUUUGGAAGGAAUUAAAUUAGUAAUUUGUGAAGUAGUAGAUGCGGAUUUAAUAUUUCGAACAUUGGGAACGAAGGCAUCCAAGAAUUUAACAUUAAUUAAUUUUUCAGAAGGAUGGUGGUUUACGGAUAUAAAUUUAGAAGGAUUUUUUAAAUUAUGGAAAGAAAGAAAUCCGAUGAUAUUAAUUUGUCCUAAAGAUAAAAUGAACGAUCAAGAAAAUAUUAUUAAAGUUAUUCAAAAACAUUUAAAAAAAGGGAUAAUAAAAAAAUAUAUUGAUAUUGCAUUUGAUAUGAAUCAUAUACGUUGGAUUAGAGAUUCUUGGAGGAUUGGUCCUGUUUAUGAUAGAUAA